CGGGAGCGGGGCUGCGUCCCCACAGCCAGCUCCGCACGGCCGCCGCUCCCGGCGCCGGGGUCACGGUGAGCGGCUGCUCUGGCACUUCGGAAGGGGUUUCCUUGGGGGAGGGAAAAAAAGAACAAAAACAAGGUUUUUUUUGCCAAUCGUGGGAAAACAUCACGCGGCGACGAGCUGAAAGGGAGCGAGCUGCCGGCGCGGAGCGCAGGGCGGCGGAGACAUCCCACGGGCCGGGCCAGGCCGCGGCGUCGGGCAGCCGGCGGGAUGGCGAGAGCGGAGGGGAGGGCGCGGGCGCCCAGCGCCACGUGACCCUGCGUCCUCGCCACGGCCGAGCGCAGCGGGCAGGAGGCAGCGAGCGUCGCGGGACCAGCCGCAGCGGCCCCAUGUCGCGGGGCGCGGGCCAGCGGGCCAGCGGGCCGCCCGGCACCCCCGGCCGCUCCCGAGCCGCGCUGCUGAGAUCAGCAUCGAUGUACACUGAAAUACAGAGGGAACGACCAGACAGUGGGAAUAUCCUGACUCACCCAGACUACCUAGAUGGAAACCCAGAUCUUAUCAAACCUAAAAAGCUCCUAAAUCCUGUAAAAGCCUCAAAGAGUCACCAAGAGCUGCACAGAGAGCUGCUGAUGAACCACAAAAGAGGCUUGGGCGUGGAGAGCAAGCCAGAGCUGCAGCGGGUGCUUGAGCACCGACGGCGAGACCAGCUCAUCAGGCAGAAGAAGGAAGAGGAAGAGGCAAAGAAAUUGCAGUCGCCUUUUGAAAAAGAGCUAUUAAAGAGGCACCAGAGGCUGGAUCAGCUGGAGAAAGAACAAGAGAAGCAAGAAGACCAUGCACCAGAAUUCAUUAAAGUCAAAGAAAACCUGAGAAGAACAUCGACAGUGAGCGGGGAAGAGAAAGCAGUGUAGCUUCUGCCAAAACUCAAAAGGGAUCGUACCAAGGAUGGCACUAACAUACACACGCUGACAUCUCUGUACAUGGUGAAUGUUCACAGCCGCAUCUUUGGGGCUAUUUACUGUUAUUAACGCUUGCUCCAGUAGAAUGCAUAAAAAAGGUUUUCCCAUCCCAGGAAGGUAUCAUAACGGAAAAGGUGCAGUAUUCACUAGAAGAAGUGCUCACACGAGAAGAUGCAGAGAGAAAUGAUGUCACUUUCCCCCCAAAUUGUGAGUGCACACUAACCUCCAGCUAACACUUGGUUGGCGCUUGAGACACAGUGCAUGUUUAAGCCAGAGAAGCCUGAGGAGGAAUGAGCAUUGCCGCAGGCUGGGGGGUUCCUGCAUCAGACCAGAGGCAGGCUCGCCAAGCACGGGGUAGCAGGAGGGCGGCUGCAGCUCUGGGGAACCUCGUGGAAGGCUCUUCAUGACAGCCAAAAGGGACAAUCUGCUUAUUAUUGAAAACGGCCUAGGUGACCACAACGGCUUUUCCACAGGUUACUGGUAUUGAACCACUACGCAAGUCAAGCCUCACAGAUACUGUGCGUCUCAGCAGCACAUCUCUACUAUUAAACUGUUAGAAAAAUCAGCCUCUGUGUCCCAACACCCCUUCAGCAUUGGCAGAGAGGGUGCAACGGUUCUUCACGAGCAUCGGUCAAACUGCGUUUCAAACCUGUUUGAAUACAGCGAUUUAGCCUGUUCCACACAAGCAGAAAAUGCGUUGGACUAUACCACAAAUGCUCCGAGCGAGAGGCAAAUGCUACAUGCUGAAAGCAAAGGCUGGGUGUUUUCAGCGUGGGUACUCAUGGAACCGGCUCAAUGACCAGGCAGCAGAUCCCUGCAGAUGGGAGAGGUCAGGGUGGCAGAGCUGAACUGCUUCUCGCCCCUGGACCACUGAGUUUCAGUCCCUCACCCAGCAGCUGGACAUGUGCUACCUUAGCAACCCAGGAAAAAGUACUCAGUGACUGAGGGGUGGUAAUGUCACACUUGUGUCAGGCUGCUCUCCUGUCAACCUCUAUGCCCCGUCCGGGAGCACGGCUGACAUCUGUAUGUGCUAGGGGCUACAAGGCCCAUAGGUACUGCUGCAGAACUGUUUUUCAGUGCUUCUUAUCCCCUUUCCCAGAGGUCAGGGCUGCUUCAUUUCAGUUGCCACCUUGCAAACCUAAAAAUCUCCUGGCUGCCAGUAGAGCAAAGCUGAGGGAGAUGGUGCCUUUGCACCAUUUAUGGUCAGUCUAUCGUAUUUAUGGGGCACCUGAGUAGAAAAUCUGCAAAACUCCCGGGCUCUUUCUCCAAAUGCACCUGUGCCUUGAGGGUGCCCUCAUCUAGAGGUAAAACUUCUCCUUCAGGAAUAUCUCAGCUUCUUAUUUCUCACAUCAGCCCUGAUAUAAAGCCUAGACAGCAUAACUCACCAACUGCCUCUGAAAACUGGUUCUUGAACAGCAAAACCCAAUGGACACAGUCAGCUGGGAAGGUAAUACCUGAUUAAACAAUAUCUACGAUCCACAUCUCCAGGGGAUCCAUGUGUAAAUAAAGGGAAACUGGGCAUUUACCACACCUUUGUUAAUUAAAAGCUUACUAAUCUAUUCCCUAGUCCCGCCAGUCCAGCAGGGUAUUUCAUUUCAAAGGACUCUUGCUCAACCUGGCAGCUUGAGGAAAACAUCUGAGCUACCCCAUCGAGUGUCAAGCCCAGCGAUGCAGUUACAUGGCUGCUAUGAUAGACUGAGAUUACAGAAGCCCUUAGCCCAGUUUCCAAUCUCAAGAGGUCCAUCUCACAGCACUGUCUCCGGGGUAGUUUUUAGCCCCACACUCAUCAUGCUUAUUCUAAAGCAGUUUUUGUUUCAGAAAUCCAGUGUACAUGGUCACUACGGGUCAAACAAAAUCUGAAAUGGCCUAUUAUGUCCUUUUCAACCAUGCGGCUUUUCAGGUAGUUUAAGAUUCAACCCACAAGGAAGAAGCAGCAUCUUUGUCUUUCGGGGGAAAAAAAAGCCAAAUUUCUCCAAGAGAAAAAGGUGUUGCUGAGAAUGCUGUUAUAUGGCUGUAGAGAAUGCUAUAUAAUAUCCCAUAAAUAACAUCAAUUUAAAUAACAAACCAGAACUUACUGAGCUGGGCUUUUGUGAGGGGUUAUAGCACAGAUUAAAUGAUCUUCAAAGAGCUUAAAAAAAAAAAAAAAAGCGCAAAUUAACCUGUGGCUUUGCCACAGAUUAAAUUAAUCCCAGGAGAAACAAUCUGUUACUCACCAGUGAAAUCAGUGUUACCAGCUCACUCUAUGUUGGAUAAGGGUGUUUAUGCAAGUCCUUGGGUGGAAAGCCAUUCCAAAAUGCCAGGGUAAACUGAGCACCCAUAUGAGCAAAGAAAAGGCUGAAAAUAGAAUGGUGUUCCUGAGUACGCUAAUAUAAUCUGAAAAAAAUCAAGGCACCACCCUUUAAGCUGGUGCCUACCGAGCGCAGAGCAUGGCAGCAUACAAACCCUGUCCGCAAGUGCUCACGGGUGUCUGGUAGUACGUUUUCAGCUUAUGCCCAGAAGCGAAGUGGAGGGCCAAAUCUCACUGUCCCAGCUCAGGCUAAACUCAUACAGCCAAAAGAAAUCCUUCCAGCCCACCACGGCAUCAGGCUUGCGGGCUGCAACCAGGGAUCCAGCUGCAUGCUGCGGACCCACCACCAAACUGGCUGUGAACGAGCACCGCUGGGCAGCUGUGCACGGCCCAGGACCGGCCGCGGGGCUGCAGCAGCCCAGCAGCACACGCCCGGGCGCAGAGGGACCUCGGCCGAAGCGCGGGCUGCAGGCUUGAGCCCUCCGUGACAGCACUUCAGAGAUGACACUUCUACUGCUGAAGCAUUCACUUAAUAAAUCACAUUGUUUUCAAGCACAGCUGUUCUCACCUUCGUAAACUGAAAAUUGCCUCCUUUGCUGGACUCAGACCAAGAGUCCGUAAAACCUUCACUGGACACUCGUAUUUCUUCAGUGGCCGGCAUCUGUGGCUGCGAUGCUGCAGGAGAGCAUUUGACUCCAGCAACAAUUUCAUCUGAAUGAAAAAGUGAUCAGUGUUGACAUUAUCAGGAAGAGAUUUGGGGAAAUCUUUGUGUGCUGUUUCCUUUUAAAUGAAUUCCUGAAUGUUGGGUCUAUCUCCCUAUGUCCCUAAACCACUUUCCUAAAGAAAUGUGAUGUAUCCAAAAGAUAUAGAUUCUCAAAGUAUUGCUGUAAGACAAUUUUUUGCACUGCAUAUAUUGCCUAUGUGGUAGAUAUCCUAUAUUCUGUGUUUGUGUUUAUACUUUAUAUAUAUAUAUAUAUAUCACAACUGUACUCAGUUAACCAUCACUGCUCACACUGUCUAAUGCACACAAUUCUGAAGAAGUAAACUAAGUGAUGAUUGUAUAUUUUGCUCUUUUCCACAAGGAACUGAAAAAAGCUCCAAGGAUGCAAGCAGACAAGCCAAAUAAACUGAUUAAAAAUAAAAAAAAAAAAAA